AUGCGCCGGCCCACAAGUGAUGUAAGGCAGAGGGAGACUCGUCGGCUCUUCGGUUCGGAUUCAAGUGUCGGUCGCCGGCGAAAUUCCAGUGUACCCUUCAGCAAUGUGAGACAUGACAAGUCUCGUUACUCACAGGACAGUGAGACGGACUUCCUCUGUGAUAGGGCAGUGGAAUUUAUGGACUCUGGGGACAUUUAUAGCAUCGUAGCUGUCGAGCUGGCCGAACACAGCGCCUAUUUUGAACGCCUUUUGCGUUACCACAGGGGACGUGGAUGUAUUCGUUUACCAGAAUUUCUGAAUGCGGGGUUUUCCGCACUCAUUGAGUAUAUAAGGCGUGGCUCAACAACGGUUGAUCAGGGAAAUGUAUAUGAAAUAUUCAUAGCUGCGGACUAUCUCCUUGUGCCGAAACUCAAGGAGCAAUGUUCCGCGUACAUUAAAGAACUUUCAAACGAUCCUUCCACUGCCAUCAACUUAUGGGUUGCGGGGCGUCCGCUGCACUGGCCAGAGAUUGGGGAAAUGGCCUUUCAAAAGAUCUUAGAAAAUUUUGAGAAUGCUUACUUGUCACCCGAGUUUGAGCAACUGGACAGUAAAGAUGUCGAAACGAUCCUUAUGGACGACUCCCUAAACUGCAAAAGUGAGAUGACAGUCUUCGAUGCCGUUAUGAGGUGGUUAGCACACGACCCCGAAAACAGGGCAUCUGACGCCCUAAGUCUACUUUGGAACGUUCGACUGGGGAUGAUUCGCACAGCGGAAGUUGAGAAAAUGAAGCAGAAUGAACAGCUGAAACUUGUUCCGGAGUAUAUGAAUAUUCUAGCAGAGUGGCCCUGGAGCAUAUACGAUCUCAUGUCAAAAUUGACCGACGUCCAGAAACUUAAACUUGCAAAGCCACGAUUUCCGCACCAGGUAAUUUUCGGACUAUUAUCUCAUUAAGAUAAAUUACCAACUGCAAUCCCCUUAUCAAAUUCUGUCCCCGAGGAAUUUUUACAUAUUGAAAGAAAAUGUUGGAAGUCUAGUGUUACGAGGUACACACAUGAAGACUUCUCUCUAUUCCACAUGCUAAAAGAAUUACUUAAGGUACGCCUGGAAGCGCUCAUAAAAUGCUCCUAAUUUAGUUCAUCUCAAAUAAAACAGUCCAUCGCGUUUUAAUCUUGUACCUCCAGCAUAAGUUUUCCUGAGUUCAAAGGAACUAGAAGCCAGUUGAUAUUUUAAACUGUGGUCUCUUAUCAAGUUGCUUUAGACCACAGGCUAAUACUUUCCUCGUAGAUCACUGUCCUCGCCAUCAAAACAAAGUAACAAGGCCACCAUAGUCUUCAGAGUUUGGGUAACAGAAGCCGCUGCUGACUGGCAUGUUUAAGGCCUCACAGAGGUAUCUGCGAGUUUAUUGUUACAGACGCCACACAGAUGGCAGUUCGUCAACGCCACUGACAACACGUCGUCAACAUGAGACUCAUGGGCUUAAAAUGUACAUGUACUUACGUUAACUGAUUUAAGUGUCAGCACUUUAUUUUUUUAAACUAGGAACUCAUUGGCUUCACUUCAUGGCCAGUUAUCCGUCAGCAAAAUAGCAAAUAAAUAAUCUCUAAUUGGUAUCACACCGAGGGUAGCCCCCCCUCCAAAGUAGGCAGUGAAAAUGAAGCACGACUUAGGGUUUAGAGUAUGCACUUCAAUCGAGCAGGGCACUAUGUUCACGACGAACGGAUUGUAAGCAACAUAGUCACACGAGUAUGCAAACUCCAGUUUUACAUCUCAACAGACGCCAGAGAUGUCCACCUUUUCUGUUCGGUAGCCGUUAGACUAAGUGUUUUUGACUAUAAGUGAUAAUUUGCAGAAAUGACGGGCAUAUCAGUAGGCAGUAGGUCACUAAGCUAGACUCCGAAUGUCAGUUUAAUGCCAAGGAAUUGCGAAUCGAUGGGCGACCAUUUGUGUCUUUCAAACGUAAUAGCGGGCCUUCAACUAAUGGAAGUGUUGUUACCAAUAGUGCCUUAACACCGCUCAUGUUUCGGUCUAUUAAUCGAUACCAAGAUAGGAAGGUAGUAAAUGAACCGAAGCAGUUUUGAAGGCGUUAGGCAUUGACCUGCUCCAAAACACACCCCCUAAAUCGAACAACAAAGAGGUGGAUCAGUACACCAAUCAACCUUUUGGCUGCAACGGGAUUAAUAGUUCCCAUAAGCGGACCGACUGGCAGUAUUCCUACACGAAUGCUACAAGACGUCCCUGUAACAGUCGAACCUUGCGGUUUUUUCAGAUGGCCAAUCUAAUCAAUACAGUAUUGUCGACAUUACUAGGGAGAGAUUACUGUCUACCCACUGUGGAGUAAUGAUUGUCGUUUGUUUUGGGUAUAGCGUAAUGAAGCCUUGGUUGACCUGUGUUCAACGGAGGGACUUGAUAAAGGUCGCCUCCUUUUUACCCAGAGGGUAGAAAUUAUUCACUUUAUAAAACAAAUUCUUUAUACUAACGACCGGUGUAUAAAAGCUUAUUACGCAACUUAAGCACCUACGUAACUCACUUUCUUGAGCCUCUUCUUCUGUAACCAUAGUGAUAUCUUGGAAUAUUCCAAAAAUGAAAGACACUGUGUCUCGUAUAUCCGUAGGUUCUCUGCGUUUUUGGUGGUUGGUGCGAUGGCGAGGGACCGCGCGCAGCUGCACAGAUCUUUAAUCCACGUGCCAACACCUGGACACUGUGGACGGAGAUGGGUUGCCAGACGCAGAGCCCGGUAUACGAGUGGCUUGACCAGUUGUCCCUACCGGAGGCUAACAACAAAAUGGACGUUACACCGGCAAACGCGGGCGCCGAAAGCCAAACCGGCAAGGGCCCCACAGUUUCAGAUGCUCCCCAGCCAGAAGUGAAACCCUCGCCCACCUUGCCUGCCGGCCUCUACACCUGUCCACAGAGGCUGAUCAGCGCAACGGAGACCAACUGUCUGAUUGGCGAGAUCCCCCGACGUGUGUACGCAGGCUGCGUGCUAGUAGGAAACCGUGUCUACUUGGUGGGUGGUUUCGAUGGCACCAAUGCGCUCAAAUCCACCCUCUGUUAUGAUUUCGAGGUCGACUCUGGGUGGUAAGUCUAUGUGAAAGGUAGCAGAUUCGCUUUUUCACUUACUCCACAUUCAUGGAGGAGGGAUUUGUUUCAACCAGCGGAAACGCUGCCAAAUUGCAGAAGUUCAGAUCGAUCUGACGUCCGGUGACCUUUUUGUGCGGUUUUCGUGAUUGUUGGAAUCACCGCCAGUGUCAGAAUACGACGAAUAUGCUAGCCGAAUGAAGGAUCUUAACACGCAACUUAGUACGUCUGAACAAACGCAACUACUAUGUUAGUGAAUGAGUUCUCGUACCAGCACCUGUGCUAUGGUAAGCGUGCUUCCUUCGUCGUCGGCAACCUCCUGGAGCAAAUGAUCUUUCGAUGUCGCUUCUGUUCAUAACUCCUCCAGUAGAUAUUUAAUCAUGUCUAUGACCCGGUACUGAGUUUAAUCCGUGGAUGUAUUUUUGACUAGAAGGUCGAGCUGUUUCAAGUCUCAUGCGGGCUUCCAACGUUAAUGCUUGUUACGAGUGUGGUUAUAGUGCGCAAGCAUCUUAACCAAGUAAACAAAAUAUGUCCAAUUUAAAUUAUAGUCCAUUAUUGAAAAUGCGAAAAUUAAGAAUCUCCGAUGUGGUUGAGCUCUGCAAAGUCAUGAAAAGGGGGUAUGUGUUUUAUGACUGCUACCCAAGUCAGUGGAGACGUAAAACCUUAUCUUUUGUCGUACACUAUACGCUGCGAAACCCUCGAAAAAUAAAACGAAGCCCCUGCACAGGUCUUCGUUGCUGGCACCUUCAAAGAGCGCUGUGUGCUUGUAGUCAUAUUGCUGCAUGCAUGAGCCCACGUCUAUCCUGCAAUCGGAACAUAUUCGGUGAACUCCACUUACAUAUGACUUUGAAUAGUCCGAUCCAAAUCGAUGGAUCGCGGAUCGAUAGUUUGGUUGGGAGAUCACUUGACAGCAGCAUCUACCGCACCCUCCUGAUCAGAAUUUUGUACACCAACAAGAAGGGGAGGUGGCUCGGAUUCCGCUAGGUGGGAAUGCCUGGAACUGGGGUGUCAUUGACUGACAACGGUUAAUAAGUCUGAAAUGGCCAUUCCACUGUCUUACGACUCUUUCGGUUACAUUUCUCGCCAUAAAGUAAUGCUCAAUUUAAGUGGCAGUGCUGAUAAGCAUGGAAUACAACAUCAUGGUAAAUAGCAUACGCUGUAUUACUGGCUUCUGGCUGCCCAUACUUUCCGCUAACUACGUAACUUAGACUCGAAACUAAGCAGAGUUGUUCUUCAGAUCAAAAUUGUGAGAACAUUUCAGACAAUAGCAUGAUUAUUCGGAUCGACUACUGAAGAUAUCACGAAAUUCUGCGAGCAACAGGAAACACUUUCGCAGAGGAGGACAGGAGUAUAUGCACUUGCUUUGGGGAAAAACGCAGAACAUCAAAUUUGGAAAACUUAAGGACAGGUUGUUUGAAUCCAACCCAGUGGAUCGUUGGAAAAGGCUCUUAACACCACGCUAAAGCCCAUACCACGGCCAAAAUCGAGAAUAUUUUGUCGCAUGGGAAUGACGUGAUUGCAGGAUAGAAGCGGACACUCGGGCGCUGCCAUGGUGCCGAGGACUCACAGCCCACACAGGCGGUCACAUAACGUCUCGCAGCCAACCGAUUCGAGUUCAGGCCCCGAUUGCACCAGCAUCUGGGAUUGAGUUACCACACACCGAUGUCUAAUAGGCCAGAUAGUGUCACUCCACUUAGUAGUUAAUAGAGUUUUAAAAGCUGAAAUGUUUAACCCUCAACCAAAGGCUUUGGAGGUAUAUAAGUAGCAAAAGGUCCACGUGUCCUUUCCGGGAAAUAUGAUUGGAUCUAUACGGGCGUCGAGAAUCAACAAAAAGCAUUCGUAGUAUCUCAAUAAUUACAUUUGUAGAAGUUCGUUUACGCAGGCGUUUUGGGGGGUAUGUAGCGAAUUUCCUCGCGACUAUUUAUCACGUUAAUCAGUACUACAGCUUCACUGAAUCUACAGUAAGUGGGCUAUCUCAUGAAAUCUCAACAGAAAUUCCGAGAUGCGUUUUCGUUUCGAAAAUUUAAAUUAAGUAGGAUUGUGAAACCAACCAUUGGGCAGCAUAAUUCUAUAAUGAUUCACCUACGCCAGGACGCCGGCUUUCGAACAAACGCCUUUUCGGCUGCAUCCAAAAACCAUACUCCGUAAAAAAUGACUACUUAAGUAGCAUGCACUUUUUCAUUGAAUUUGGAUGCCCUUACAGGCCGUAUAAUUUCCGCGUACGGAAAACCAUACAUUUCUCUACUGUAUUAAAAGGAGACCAUAUGGGGUUCAUGAACUUAAGCUGUGGAUUUGAACCACAUUGUUGCCUAUGCAAGCCACAUUGGUAAAUGCAGAGACAUGCCGUUUUAUGAAGGGCCAUUUCACGGUAUUAAAAAAAUCUCACAAUUAGAAACUCUUUUAAGGCCAAAUUAUACCCUUCCUUCGAGUAUAAAAAUAGAAGCAGAAGUAAUUUUCUAUAAAAUAAGCAAAAUGAUGAAUACUUUUCUGCAUAUUUCCAUGAAAUAUAAUUGAAUGUUUAAAGGCAUCGAAAAUCAAUGAAAAAUGCAUGCUACUUAAGUAGUCAUUUUUUACGGAGUAUGGUCUUUGGAUGCAGCCGGAAAGACGUUUGUUCAAAAACCGGCGUCCUGGGGUAACUGGAUUAUUAUAGAAUUAUACUGCACAGUGAUUGGUUUCACAAUCCUACUUAGUUUAUAUUUUCGAAACGAAAACGCAUUUCGGAAUUUCUGUUGAGAUUUCAUGAGUUGGCCCACCUACUGUAUCUUUCCUUGUCGAAAUAAUUGUGGACUCACGUCAAGUGUCGCAUAAUUUUCAGUGAACACUGAAGGUCUAGCUUCAAGGUACCUACUAGUGUUUCCGAAUGAUUACUUCUUCGGUGAUGGCGGUUGGCAGCGGGCCCGAACCAUCUUCGAUCGCUGAUGCAGACUUUGGCGCAGUACAUCGUGCUGUCCAGGCCUCGCGUUCAGACAAUUUCAUCGAGGAUGAAGUGACCAGGAAGGAUUGUGUGUGAAAGCUUCUCUCGCACGUGACAGCAGAAUGCCUAAGUUCUGCUCGCCAGUAUACUAACGUUAUCUCUAGGAAAGGAGAAGACGAAAUCCCAAAGUGUUCUAAAAGUGCAUGACGUCUAGAAGGGUAUGCGCGAUUUAAAUAAUCACAAAUGAGUUUUUUGACUCCGUUAUCGGGUGGGAAUAACAGUUCAUAAUAGCCAUAAUGCUCCUCUCUAUUACUGGAGAGAACCGUUUGCUUUGGCACUAAAUACGGCAACACUGUAUUUACGGCUGCAUUUUGCCCGAAAAAAGCAGCGUCUUCCCCAUCCCCUUUCUUUUACCUAUGUGUGUCCAUGAAAUCAUAAUAUCCGACAACAGAGCCAUCCUGGGUUUAUCUUGGAAGUGACAGAACAACGUCUGUCUUAUUGAUAGUACCGGGUAGAGGAAGGCUUGAUUUCCUCUUUUCUGAACAGUUGGUUUUAGAUAUUAGCAUCGCGCAGACAAAAAAUAUCUCAAUCGAGCAGGAAUAUCCUGAGUAACUCAAGAAAGUUCAAAACGAAAACGGUUUAUUCGUGAAGUGGUAGAGAUGGAGGGAGGGAGAACAAGAAGCGUCAGUGAGCGCACGUAAGUUCAACGGGUUGAGGGGGGGGGGAAGACACUCGGAGAUUAAGACCGUGAUUAAGGGGCGCAAUAUCACUGGUUCCCGCUUCGGGUCCGGACACAGUUCACCGUCCUCGUCUGAAAACGUCAAAGAAGGGAAAGCACGUUCAAUUCUCGCCGCUAAGCCUCCAGUUUCUUUUUCACUAGCCCUUUUUGUUCCUCGAAAACAAACCUGUCUUUCUGGGUCUUACACAGGUAUAUCAAACGUAGUGGAUGUGGCUAUACUAGGAUAAAUGACGGUAGUGCACCACCAUCAUUGUCAUCGUUGCAUCGUUGGUUUCAGUAGCCUCAUCAUAAUUCUCACACAUUCGUGGACUGACCUCCGACCCAUGAAAAAAUGACUCGAAGUUGGUGGAGACAAAGGGUCAAAUCCUUUCUGUAAUGCAAGAUAUGUAGGCUAAUCAGUAGCUCCUGAAUACUUUUUCAAUUGUGGACAUUUUGUCGUUUUGAAAAUGAAUUUCCUCCAAAGUAUUAUCACGUUCUUUUUAGAGCGCACUAUCAUAUACUGUCUGCACUAGUCACCGGUCCAAAAGUCUGAAUUUCGGACGCCAUCAGUGAUAGCCCUUUAAAUUGACUCACCCGAUAAUCCCCUCAUGAUCUCCUUAUCGGACAGGCAGGCAUACAUAACCUUGGUUUUUAGUCAUAUGACUGGCGCAAACAAGGUCAAUGUUAAGAUCCAUAUUUCAGCUUACAUAAAUGCCACCAAUGCCCUCUCCCAUAGCACAACGAUGUUCACUCCUGUUAGGAAAAAAGAGAAGAAAUAAUAGUUCUUAUUUUAAAACAGGUAUUCCAAAAUUUCAAAAAAGUAACAUUGUUCAGCCAUCAUGCUUAAAAUACAAUGGCAAAAUGUCGAGAAAGUAAGUCGACAUAUGCUACGUGACUAUUGUGGUGACAAGUCUAAUUUUUUAUUCAUGUAUUUUAGUUUUAACGCACGUCGUUAACCGUUCCUAGAAAAGCACCUGUGUCUGUUGAUACGCUGACGUAUGCUAAGAGCUAGAACGGAGAUCAUGCCGCAUUGGGCAGGGUUGCAUCGCAACAGUUACGUCAUAGUAAAGAGGUUUGGCAACAUCACCAAGAAUUUGAUUAUUUAAGUGUCUGGUCGCUGUUAAAUGCAACCAUAACAUCAUGUAAUAAAAAGACCUUUCACAGUAAAACGGAGUACGUGAGAGAUGCAUAUUAAAAUAAAGCCAGUAUUUUUAAAAUAAAGUAUGAACAAUAACGGCGAAAUAUUAGUAAACAGGACUGUGAAUACAGCUUUCUCUAAACCGUUGUAGAUAGGGCGUAGAAGUGCGGUAUGAACGCAGACUUUGAAUGUGGUAAAACAAUUUACGAUUUUUUGGAAAGAGUUCAACAUGAUAGGAAAGGGAUAAAUGAAAAAAUUCAGGCAACAGCAUGGUAAUAAUAAGUUUAGACAUCCUUGAGAAUAGUAUCCUAGGGGUACUCGGAGAGUUAGUGCUAUUAAGACUCAUUACACUGUUAACGACCUAGGAACUUUAAAUGUCAACAAAGCUAUAACCAACAAAACUGAGCUGUCCAUUUUCACUAGGUAUGAGAUUAGCUGUAUGUACGAGAAGCGUUACUACGUGAGCGUAGCCUAUGCUUCUCGCUAUAUCUACGCCCUCGGAGGUCACAACGGUGAGAACCAAGGUCGACUGGAUACUGCCGAGCGCUACAAUCUGGACGAGAACCUCUGGCAACCCAUCGCAUCCAUGAAUCGUGUUCGCAGCGACGCAGCCGCUGCCGAACUGAAAAACCGGGUCUACGUGGCGGGCGGCUUUGAGGGUCGCAGGUACCACGAUUCGGCCGAGUACUACGACACCGAGGCCAAUCAAUGGACCCUCAUUAGUCGCAUGCAUUCUCCUCGAGGCGGCAUCUCAUUGGCUGCGCAUGGCGGCUACAUCUACGCCAUCGGCGGUAAUGACGGAAACAGCCGUUUGCGCAGCAUUGAACGCUUUGACCCGGAGCAGGGAAAAUGGGAGAUUGUGGGUCAGAUGAGCCGACGCAAAAGUAACCUCUCCUCUGCAGUGCUGGGAGACGAUAUUUACAUAAUUGGCGGAUGGUCGGAUGAACCGGAAGCGGGCAUCCUCAGCCUCGUAGAGCGUUUCGACACAAAAACGCGCGAAUGCUCCACGAUCCGGAUGCUGACCUUCCCGGCGAGUGCCACCUGCGCCUGUACCCUUGGAAACAGACAACUCACAACCAAAUACGUGGAACCGGUCGCGGAUCGCAACGACAUCGCUCCAAUGGCAGCCGAGGACUCGCUGCCCAUCUUACGGUCAGGUUCUCCAGGUAAAUAUGCCCAUCCGCAGUGUGUAUGUAACAAAACACCGCCAAAGUUACCUCUCCACGGUCAAGAUGGAUAUUUUUUAAGCAUACUGGUAUUCACCAAAUGCCUGUGUUUCACUUCGUUCUGUUUGCAACCACUUGGAUGCCUCCACAGCUUAAACUCUUACAGAGGCCACUGAAGUCUGCACAGAUAUGCCUUUUGUCUGAAAAGCACUUCCUAGUUGUCUGUGGUGAUAAAGUUGCUACUGGUAGAUCACAAAAUGUUAAGGUUAAUAUUUCGUUGAAAACGAAGGAGGGAAAUUAGAGUACCAUCCGUACGAAAAGUUUAAUGCGGCGUUUUUAUGUAAUAGUAGCCGUGUUCCCUAGCCUGAAAGGGCUUAUCUCGUGAACUCGACUCGGAGUUUGCGCAUUGUUUCCUUAAAAUAGCUUAACAGGAGAACGUGGCAGAAACCACGUGCGGAACGACGGGAAUUCACUUCUAGGCCGAACCCCUCUGAUUAGUGUCAUACAGUAAGACAAUUAUGUUCAAAAGGCAUAUUUUCCUUCCAAAUGGACAGACUACCCACUGAUGUGAUAAUAUCUAUAUUAGAUUAAUUGCCACUGAACUUAUGCGGCGCCCGCAUAUAGAGAGGUCGGAGUAAAAGUUCUUGAUUACCACUUACAUCAUAUAGUUUUCAGUCUCCGAUAAACCACAGUGUAAUUUCAUAAAGGCAAGGAAAAGUUGGAAUUGUUGGAUUUGUGAAAUAUUUUAGGGACGCUGGUUAACAAUGAUCUUAUGGGAGCAACUUCCUACGAAGCACAAACACACAUAAACUUUAAAAGUCCAUAUUAUCUUUUUUAUUUCUUCUACAGUUUUUGAGUUUUGUGCACUGUAAUAAACCACCGUCUGUGAGCUGACAUAACGUAGCAUACGGUCAAAGUGUUAACACAGAAUCUCCUAUAAUGUCAACGAAAGUUCAUAGUUUCUCGGGUUUGCAACAAUUUAAAUUUAGUGAUUUUAUAGAAGACAGACAGGGAAAAGGUCCCUUCCAUCGUAUCUGGAUCAGGACCACACAGCUUGUCCACGUAAUUAAAAUUAAAAACUAAUUACAACAGCUGUCUUUCUCCCCUCCAUACACUUUCAUAUUAUCCAUAAAAUCAUACUACAGUUUUCUUCCUAUAGAUAUGGGUAGAGGGGCAUUUGGGUUUUAAGGAUAUGUAUGUAUUAUCUACUCUAGGUAAUUUUAACUACAUUUUCCACCCGCACAUCCUCUAUAAAUAGUAAGUACAGUUUUUAUUUAUUUUGAAAAUUAUUUUAUGACUGUCUACAUUUCCUGAGGAAGGACUUGCUUUUCAGGCCACGUUUUUAUGCAAUGCUACAGGAUUUAUGCAAUUUGGAACCUUCCCGCAACUGACGUACUGCGAACAAUCGACUAACACAUAUUUUCGUGCCCUUGAGGAAUUCCAUAAACUUUAUUGUGCAAGACUGAGGGGCUAAAGUACGCACUCGCGAUUAUCUGUAAAGGGCACGUCGACGAUCAGCGAAUAUUUUAUAGCUCACUUCUUUUCAAUGUCAAACUGAUUAAAAAAUUGAAGCUAGUAUUUAGAGCAACAGUCCGAAUGAGCAUAAAUAAACACGCAAGGCCAGACGAAACUAUAAGACUUUAUUGUCGGAUUUCACCUUUUAAAUAUCAUUCUACUAAUUCCUUAGAGCGCUUUUGCAGCCGACCUUAGUUCACUCAACAAUUCUUCUCUUCUGUCCCAGGUUUUGAGGUAGAAGCUUCAGCACUUUCAAACAGACGAUAGGAUAAAGGGGCCAUUUAGGUAUAUUCAACACAAAAAAUAGGCGAAAGUAUUUUCGAGUGGUGCGAAUGACGCAUGAAGACACACGUUUAGCGCAUUAGGGUAAUUCGAAGUGGGAUUUUGCAACCCUUAUCUACGAAUCAAAGAACCAUAUUUGGAAGUUAUAAGAUCCAGAACUUUUAGCUAGCUUUUAUUGCCAUUAUUGGACAAGGGCCUUAGAUUAACCAAUUAUCAUUCUCUUUCGGGUUUGCUGAGUUAUAUCUUAGACAGUCACCAACAACCGAACCAGUUAAUGUACCUUUCUUAACGUCCCAAUAACUGAUGUAUGCUUACAGGCGCAUCCCUGGGGCAGCUGAACUCUACGGCUCAGACAAUGGGCACUUCGGCGAAUAAUGUUGACUACAACCUAAACGCAAUCAAUAGGGCGCCCUUGUAUGUCGAGGCUUUUACUGAUCGCUCAUCAGACUACGUGUACACUUCCGAGAUGGACUACACCAGUGAGCACUAUUUUGGCAGUGAGUUAGAACGGGAAAUUGAUGAAGAAGACGAAGAUGAAGAAGACGAGGAAGACGAUGAUGGGAGGAGGGAGGACGAAGAGCAACAGAAAAGUCGGAAUGAGACAGAAGAAUCCGAUUUGUCUCAGACAACGGCCCAGCGCUCAUCUGAUAUUCACUUGCAGUCCCCGUCCAGUACUCGGGCUGCAGUCAGUCAAAGAAGUAACCACAACUCUGUGAGUACUUCUUCGCUCGCUCGGGAGUGUUUUGUCCGUCUGUCAAAUUCACUGAACCAGUCGAGUCAACGUCUGAAUGUAUGUCGCCGUAAUCUGCGGUCGGGGAGGCGCAACAGACAUUAAGUUUGCUCUUUUACUUCUGGACCAUGUAGAAACGAGAGCAUACUUCUGACUCCUGCAAUUUCCUCCGCCCAUUUCUGUAUUGAUUUUCGUCUGCCGGACCUCCUGGAUUCCUCGUGCCGUGGCCAUUUUUUUCACUCACCACCUUGUAGGCAGAACAACGAUCACGUCAACAGUUACUUUUGUUAUUAUUUCUUCUUCCCGGUACUCUGAUUUCUUUUUUAUUCAUUUAAACGGACAUGGGUGUUUGCGUAUGCCAUGAGCUUCAAGGAACACACCCCACUUUCCACACAAACUGAUCAAUCAAGAUCCCAGUCUGAGGGUUGUGGACGCAGUCUCUGUGUCUCGGUUCACACUCUUGCCAUUCGCAGUAGCCCCAGCCCCCCCCCCCACCGCCGACUUCAUCUUAUGUUGAAGAAGCAGUACUUUUCAUGUAAGCACCUACGUCGGUCCAUAAAGCGGCGUCAAAGUGUUCCUAUUCUUUUCAUUUUAUCUUGCUGAGAGUGGCAAUUGCGUGCACGAAUUGUUUCUUUCUUGCGUAAUGUGCGCAAAAUAUACACCCAUCACCAAGUAUGCGUGUGCAUGCGUUGCUAAGCUUACAAACAGGCUGUGGAGAACGAGGCGAUUUCCUGUUUUUUACAAAUAUAUGUACAGAGUUUGUCCAUACAUUAUGCAUCUUUAUAUGCGUUGGUAAACUAUCUAAGAAAUCAGGCAAAUGAGGAGCCGGGGACAGCAGAAAGUUAUUUUAGUUCAUCAUCAAUGUCAAUCAGAGUUGACGUACCUAAAAACACGAGGCGGAGAGAAUCUGACAUGGGGGACUUUUCCAACAGUUGUGUUGCUUAAAGUACUAUCUACUAUACUGAGUGCUAUAUUUUUUUGGAAUGACACGAAUACGGGCAAUUCUCAGAAAUUCAAACUGCAAGGAAAGAGAAAAGUCCUGGGAGGUCGCUACAUCGUCCAAUUUCCGAGCGGAGAGAACUUCUUAUGCUAAAAUUCACCGAAGCCUUCGCAGCUCUGGGAUUUCCGCAGUUUUGUCACGUGUCUUGGAAAGUGGGAACUUGAGUACUGUCAUAAACGACUACGAGGUGGAGGAAGUAAACCUUUUAAAGUCCUCCAGUAUAAAGGGACGAGUGAAUUCAGUAAUGCAACGUUUGGUAUGUAACCUUGAUGGAAAAUUCACUGAGACCUCUACCGAGGAACAUUAAGUUAGCUACCUCAAAGGUUAGCACUUUGACGCUUUCCGUUGCCAUAGUAAACGACGGAAGUAUGCUUGAGUGCCCCUCACUGACCAUGCACACGUUGAGGCUCUUAGGUUUCAAAUAACUGUGUACUCCGAUGAAAGUAUUACAAAAAAUUAACCAAAUAUAUUCAUCUUGUCAAAUUAAAUCCUUUUAUAACAUUAUCUGAACGAGUCGCAAACCAAUGUUUUGCGUUAAGAGAGCAUCAAAUUUCAGUUUUGAGCCUUCCACAUAAACGACUAGAUCACCUGUCAGAUCUCAUUGGGAGGAGAAUGACGCGAACUAAUAUAAAUCAGGAAGGCAUUAGAAAUAACUCAUUUUGCCGAACGUAAACCUCACAGCAGUUCGGACUUGGUUAUUUGCAGAUACGUUACAGCCAGCUGACGGCCUGACAAAAGGGUGAAAAAACGUUGUUAGGAACAUUGCAAAUACAUAUUCAGAUGCAAAAUAUCAAUCCUUCCAAAGUCUUUGGUGCAGUGCAAAAUGGCACCAACAGGCGAGACUGGGAUGGACAUUGAGAAAACGCAGUGACUCGGUGCAUACACAUGGCAGUUCGACCGUCGAUUCCGACUAUGUCCACCGGGUACUCCACAGCAAGGUGCAGCAGGCACGGGGAAAUGCGCAUGAAUUAGUCUAUAGUGGAUGUCGACUUUCGCAGCAGCGACCGCACUCUCUCUUCUCCACUCUCCAUCUGGAUCCGCUGUCAAGACAGAGUAAAGAAGACCGGAGGUGGGGGGAAGGGCGCAGGUGGAUGGCACGGUCGAGCCCGCAUCUUGGAGCUCUAUCCACACGCCUUGGUCCACACAGUUAUUGAUCAGGUUUUUGACCAACAGCAGCAACACUCCAGCAAGAGUCAGAAUAACGAGGAUGAUGACUGGGCAGCCAUGCCCACCACCUGUAUACCCAGCGGGAGCGCAAGCGCAUCUACCGGCAGGGAACCAGGUGGCAGGGAACUGACAGCGCAUGCCAGGCUGGGAGGGCCGUGGUUUGCUGAUACUGGCAUAGUGCACGCUUUCAGGUCGUCGAACUAGAAGAGCGACACGUGGCCCUUCAUUUAGCCUGGGCAGUCACCCUUAAAUUUUGAGUAGCCAACCAGUGGUCGACUGAGAGGCGCUACCCAUAAAGCACACACACGUACACAUACACUCUCCUCACGCUUGAGAAGGGGCCGUGACAGCCUGGCUCUGAGCCUAUCAGUCCGCCGCUCCACACAACACACACAGCUGGGCAACUGCGUGGACUGAGUUGAGGUGUCAGUCGGCUGCCUUCCGAGCCACGGGGCACCACGCACCGUCUUCGUCUCAGACUCCGAUCAAACAUGCAGCAGGAGGAGCCGAGACGUACACUUUCCACAUGCGUGGGAGGUAGCAGUUGGGUGCUGGCAUUGGGUGUAGGUUGGUGCUCCAGUGUCUGUGCGAUGGAUUCACAAGUGACCGACCAGGUCGAUGCGUGAGGUGAAUGUAGGGGCACAGUGUAGACAUGAGAAGUCGGCGGUCUCAGUAUCAGCUUCGGUGAUAGUGAUGGUAAUGUUGGAGCUGGUGGCGGUGGGCGCGCUGGACGGCGGGGUGUGGGCGAGGCUAGGUUUAAUGUGUGUGCUGGAUGUGCUAGGCAUGUCGGGGCUGCGGUCAAUUCCGCUCUCGUGGGUGCUCACGUGGGCGAAUAGGACCAUGCGGUUCAUGAACGUGCGUGGGCGGUCUGGACAGUGGAGGCGGAUGCAGCGAGUGUAGGUUGAUGCUCCAGGCACUGGUCCGCCAAUCUCUGUGCAAUGGAUUCGUAAGUUACCGACCAGGCCGAUGUGUGAGGUGGUGAUGCGAACGCAAUGAGGACAGGUAUAGACCGAGUCCUCAUCACCACUAGUGCUGACGGUGGUGGUGGUGGUUUCGGGGUUUGUCUGUCAGGAUUGUGUGUAGUGUGGGUAGGCAUGGCAGACGCCCCAGCGGCAGACGUGGGGCUGUGGAGGAGGGGGAGGAAGAGGAGGAGGAUGUUAGUGGUGGUUGGGGGGGGGGCGAUCAACGUUAGUUGACGGCGUGGAAGACGAAGGAGAGGUGAACGGAGAAACGAUGGAUGGUGUAGUCCGCGUGCUGCAGUUGGUCCGGAGGUGUUCAACAAGUCCAAUUGGCGCCCAGAAUAUCCGUCGACAUCGUGGACACGUUGGGAGCGACAGCGUCAGUUGAGAUUCACGUGUUCCACGUUUGGCGUUGGCGGCGGUUAUGCGACUGGCUUCGAAGAUUGUUGUGGCCGUCUUCACUAUUCUCCUCCACAUAGGUCGGUUCUAGGCGAGGUCUUCCCAGUUUGCCGGGUUGAUUUCCAGACACUUCAGAGAGGUUUUCGGAGUCUCCUUGUAGCGCCGCACUUGACCUUGUUGGCGUGACACCGUCGCAACAUCUCCAUUGAAAAGUCGUUUGGGUAGCCUCUCGUUGUUAAUCCGUACGAGGUGGCCGCUCCAGCCCGUCCGUGUCUGCGAUCCGGUCCAGACACCUCAGCUUCAGUAUUCGACGAAGACAACUGAGGUGGAAGUGGUUGAGUCUACGUGCCUGCUUCAUGUACACCGUCCAAGUCUCUGUUCCAUAUAGCAACGUGGGUAGGAUGAUAGCAUUGUACAUCUUCAGUUUCGUGCGAAGUUGAAGAUCUUGACGACUCCAAACUGUGUUUUGAAGACGACCGAAGGCUUGACGGCUUUAGAAAUGCGGCGUUCCACUUCAUCGUCGAUUUUGGUGCUGCGGGAAAGGAUGCUGCCCAGAUAUGCGGAGUUUCCCACCACUUGCAGUUGGACGCCGACGUAGGCAGCGUCGGGUGGCGGUUGAUGCUUGACCGCCGUCUUCUCCGCGUUGGUGAUCAGACCGAAGCUCUCGUAGGCGAAGAUCCAUCAGGCAAGCGAAUGUGGGAGUGGAGCCGAGUUACCUUGUACGGAAAUAUACACACGCAUACUCUCACUGGCUUAGCCCGCCGGUCGAGGCGUUUACCGGGAUGUGGCCGCUAGACAGAGCCUACUUUCGGGGAGCCACAUGUGAGAGUCGGAGACCAGUGAACGGACGCUAGGCGUAGUCUACAUCUGCAAGCAAGUGAGCAACCUACUGCGACUGUUACGCGAACACAUCGCUGGACACCCCUACACCCUGAGUACACAUACAACUGCACCCAGUGGAAUCUUUGGAAAGGCGAAACGAUUCGGGUCAACUUCAAUACAUCGGAAGGAGCCCAACUCUUAACCGAUGGUAUAGGUCUCAGUAGAAGAGCGCAAGGUUCGUUUUUCUGCCCGUAGUUUGUCGCACCGAGCGAUCGGCAGAAGUAUUGUCAGCCUAGACGUCCAGGAUAAGGUUGCGACACAAGUUAAUCGCCUUCGUGGCCUGCUGCCUUCAGCUUCCCGAGCGGCGAGAGACCGGGUGAAUGAGAGGUGGAAUCUCUGUAAUGCAGGACUUGGCCUGCCGGUGAUUAUGAGAUAGCAAAGUACGAAUUACAGGUAUCAACACAUUACAUCGUUUUAGAAAUGGAGAGGGCAGGCGGAAUGGUGCUUUUACCUCCUCUGGCACUCUUGAAUGUCCAAAGUUAGUUCAUCCCCACCACCACCAUCACCAUCAUCAUCAACAGCAACAUAAUCACCAUUGUCAUGGUCGUUAUCGUCGUCGCCGGUCGAGGAGUGUCUCAUACGAAUUCAUUAGGUUUCAGACGGAAAUUGAUAAAUGGCAUGCAAAAGAAUGAGCUGCUAGAGGAGACGGAAAUUAAUUUUCCUGUUUGAUAAACGCAGUUUUCCCCCUGAUUCGCAAAACCCUACCUACUGCCAUUUCUUCAGCUCUCAGCUCGCGAGAGUUUGGAACCAAAGAUGCACACAUUUGGUGCGCUUCAGAUAUUUAGAGUGUAAAGUCUAAGGAAACAGGCGGUGUAAUGCCUAACUAGUCCCAACACAUCAGGAAACGCCCCACUCGUAAGUGGUAUCUGCGGCUGGGACAUUCACACGCGCAGUUUUUGGGAAUAAGCCACUUUACCAAUAGAAGCGAAGAGACGAGUCUCAUGAAACAGCUGUGAAGAAGGAGGCACGACCGCUGCAGUGAACUGGAAGACAAGAUUGCCGAACUACAAUAACUCCGACGGGUCUUCAAAACCAAUGCCUAUCCACGCAACUUCGUAAACCGGUGCAUACGCAUAAGGGACGAAAGGCCAAGACGAACAAACCCCAAAUUUUGCUGAGCACUUCCGCAUGUUAAGAACGUUUCGGAAGCAGUCGGCCGCCUUCUCGCACCACUUGGGGUUAUAAUUGCACAGCAGCCGGAGGCAACCAUCAGAUGUCAGGUAAUGAAACCGAAAGAUCCGCAGCCACGGCGAGAAACGUCUGGAGUCGUUUAUCGGAUCUGGUGCAGUUGCGGACAAAGCAACUACGUCGGAGAAACUGGAAGACAGCUCCAAACGCGAAUGGCCGAACACGCUGCAGCAGUGCGAAGAAAUGACGUCAGCUUCAAAGUUGCGGCUCAUUCGACGAGGCCGAAAUCCUCGCUAGAGGUGACAAACGCGUGAACAAUGUGUUCGAAAAGGAAUCCGAAACGUCAGGCAAAAACAGCCCUUGUCCCAGCGAUUUUGUCUCCUUCUUCACAUAGGCCACUUUCUUGCAGAACUGUCAAGCACAAAUAAUGCAAUUUGAUCACUACCUUGAGAGAUCGUAUUCAAGUUGUAAAGACCUUUUACUCCAGAACUAUCGCUAAUCCAUCAGCAGUUUGAUAUUCCAGUGUAGGGAUACAUAAUCUGAGUUUAUUCUCACCUUUAAUCGGUAAACGCCAGGUGAAAUGCCCCACCGUUUUGACGUACUUAAUAGACGGGUAAGGAUAGGUUGUAUAACCCUACUGGGUUCAGCAUGUGUAGGUAACUACAAAAUUUUAUUUAGAAGGCCUUGUUUCGCUUAUUAAUCCAUAGCUGCAGGAAGUUCCCUUUCCGUGUUAUCUAACAUUUCGGCACAACCGCAUGCAGAAAGUUGUUUCAGUAUGACAUUUUGGUAAUAAAUUAUUUGGUAUGAUGUUCUCGCUCCCACUCCCCGUUAUCCCCUUGUCUUGCUCUGAUUUCCUGAUUACCCCAAUGCACUUGCGUUAUCUUUCAUUGCCGAUUCUAUACACCGUGACUUAGUUAUUUUCUUCUGAAAGAGUAUUUAAACCUUUCUGCGUCCUUCUACUCUUUCUGUCAACAGUUUUUGCUAGCGAAAAAGGGUAACAACGUUCCCAAAAGUGCUCACUGACGGGGGAAAGGCAGAGUUCAAUGGCGAUUUGUGAAUCUUACCACCUACUCCAGGUCCACAACGUCUGAUGAUAAAACCGAAUUCGUGGACUGAAAGCGAACUUGGGUAAAACCCUAUAAGCGUUAGUCGAAAAACUGGACUUUGCGCAUACAUAUCCAUCAACAACGAUGAUGAGAUGAUGUGGGGUGUGAAGGUCAGGAUAACUGACUUUCAUGAGGGACGUAAGUGACCAAUGGCAAACCUGCAGUCAUGGGUAUUACGCCUGUCUGAAUUAUACCUGUCUCUCCCUGUUUAAGUCUCAAACCACCUAGACCCUCAAACUUGUUUACUACAUUCGUCACAUAAGCUCCUAUCACACUCUUCACCCUCUAAUCUGGAAAUUUGUAGAUGCUUGCAUUCUCCCUCCCAUUCUUUAUUGUUCUCCGGCUAUUUUUUCCUGCUCCACUUAAAAAGAUAUGCCAACUUUGAAACAAGUCCUCCUAAUACCCUCUUCUGUUGCUGGUGCUUCUUGUGUUUUUUAGUCGAUAUUAUAAUACAACGACAUUUCACAACGGCCAGUUAAUUUACCGAUCAAAUUCUGAAGGAUAUUGUCCAUCCCUUAAUUCUGAACUAUUUGCUGCGAAGUCCUCUCCCUUACGCGCCGUGGCUUCCGACAUAUCUUAUGUUUAACAUAGGUAUUUCUGCCUUCUAAAUUGCUAUUUCUAACAAAACACCCUGCGUGUAAGGAAAACGAAAUACGGAAAGUGAGACUUCAACUGUCUCCGUAAUAUAUCUUCAGUUUUAUGCAAGCCUUACUACUCUUGCAACAUUUUUAAAUAUAAAUCUUCGUCAAAAUGAAUAGAGCCAUCUUUGCUGAGAAUUUUGCUACUUUCGAAGUGAGGCGUAAAUGUACAUACAUAUAAUGGUGGAGGGGCGCUCAGCGAUCGUUCUUACGGAACUCACUCGUUCCGUUGUGCCUUACGGGCCCUCUCUCGAGCUCAACCAGCAGUAGCAUAGCGGCGCAUGAUGUAGGCAGAAUGUUAUCACCGACAAAGCCAAGGGAGACUGGAGUGGCCAUUUCUGGCUUAUUAGCCGUCGUCAGCCGGUUCCACACCUAGGGGUUUGGUAUGGCUGGCUGACGACGGCUAAUAAGCCAUAAAUGGCCAUUGCAGUCUCUCUUGUCGGCAAUAACGUUCUACGUAUAUAUGUAUAUAUCUCAGUGGGAUCCUAGGGUGAGGGUUUGCGUCAUGUUUACAUGCCCUCUCUAUUAGCCUUCCAUCUAAUUUACCUCACGACCUUUCGGCAGCAUGGUAUAUAGAGGCAAAACCCGUAAACCCAGUGUAUUUGGCGCUCAGUGUAGAAGAUGACCGAUGACACAGCCGAAGUGCUAGAGUCGUACUGUUGUGAAGGCGGUUCUUUAGCUCGAAACGGUAAAGCUGUUUUGGCCAAUCAAUGUCUAAAAUGACGUCAUUAUUCUACAUGUCGGCGUGUGAACAGCGAGUCAAGACGAGUAGUGAACACUAUUCGUAACUCAACAGGCAAGAGUGAGAAAAUAGAUUAAAGCUCGACGGAAGCUCCUCCCAUCGGCUGGUAACUGACCGAGUAAUAACUUACAUUUUGCACUUCAUUAAGGUUGUCUGAGCAAUGCUCAACUUCCCACCCCUCAUAUGACUAAUUGUUUUGCGCCCCCAACGUCCCAACACUGCAUGGGCGGGUGAACGUCGAUGCAUGUAGUGAUCAACUCCGGGCUGGAACACCAUGAUUCAAGCAGCUUGGUAGCCAUGGUGGUUUCAAUACUGAAUUCGGAACACUAGCCCACUAAAACCACAGUUCUAGUAAGUAAAUUAACUUCUCAGGAUUUAACGCAGAUUUGCUAUCUGUCAGUAAACUCUCUGGCCAUUUUUUGCUCCACUCAUAAUCCUUGAUUUAACAUAGUUGAGUGGAUUAGAAAGGGAUGAGUAUGUCGGAGAAAAUCAUAAAUAUGUGAAGCUGAAACGGUUAACAGAUUCCAGCCAUUGUUGUACAAUGAAGUAAAUCGUUUGAUGAGAUUCGAUGCCUUACCUAACGAAGCCGUCUGGAUCCUGGGUUUGGUGCCGAAUUCGAAGAGUAUGCUCCCACUCUAGACAUCGUUUUUCGGCUCAUCCUUAGCGUAAAUGUAUUCCGUAAUUUGCUUAGCAGGGGAAAUUUGAUAAACGUUUGACCAUUUUUGAGCUAGCAAACACGUCUGGAUGAGGUCUUUGUUGAAAUAAAGCUUGGAGUCUAUUCGCUGAUUCUACUACAGGAAAGAUAAAGUUGGCUUUUCUGAUAAAUUAAGUUAACUUCUAGCCCUGGUAUUUAGUUCGCAUACUAGACAAGUCUAGUAUUCUUCAAAAGUCAAACUAUGAAAUGCAAAGACGGUUGUUUCGCGAGGAUUUAGAGAGCAUUACGAUGUUUUUGAGUCAAGAUUUGCUUUACUAAGGCAAACUUAAUUUUCUGUGACGGCAGCCUCUCGUGGGAACUUUAUAUUUGAUCAGGUGUCCAAGGAGAGCCUCUCAUUUCAUAGUGAAGAUGUAGAGACCUUGGGUGGUGUCUGAAGAUACAAAUGGUUAUCAGUAUGAGGGGACGCACUGCUCUAAUGGGACCUCACUCAGCUUUUAAACGUCCUUUAAAGAAAGGUAUCUAAUGCGAAAGGCUCAAAGAUGGCUUUUCCAGUCCUUCAGAUGCUGGUCUCAAAGUAGACAUACUUGGCCAGUCGAGCAUAAGAAAAGGACUCACAGAGGAAUUACGUGAACACAUGUUAAGAGACGUAUGACGUAAUUGAAUUUAGACUCCCAACUUUCUUGUUUAUUUAAGAAAAAAGACAUCUUAAUCUUUAAAGCGCUCUAUCCUACCUUCUUACUGCACGAUUAUUGUCUGCUCCUUGCUGUGCGGCGACCUGAUAAGAUCCUAGAUCGGAUCUCCAAAGCGGUGCGGAAACCAUAAUGUUCCAUUCUGUUAUCGGGAUUUACGGACGACAACUACUUCCAUGUUGCUAAUAUUCUCUACCCCAGUCGACAGGGCAGAACCCCUAACUCAGUGCUGGAACGUUCCAUUUAAUGUCAAAUGAUUAGCAAGUCCGGAUUCAAGUCCCGGAGCAGCCUUGCCUGGAUUUGGAGUAUGCCAGGCAGCAGAUGAGCUGAACAUAUGUUCAUCCUGACCUCCUCGCCUUGCCAAUAAAUCUUCCUGUUGGCAUACUGGUUUACAGAACACUCUCGCUCUCUGGUUCCUGACACUAGGAGACGUUCGAUUGUAACCGUGUAUUUCUGUAGACGUCGCCGACAUUCGUCGAGUAGAACUCUCGUCAUGUACUUUAUACACCGCUUCACAUCUCUUCUCCUAGGCAUUAUGACGUCAGUCCUUCUCGGAUGCAUUAGUUCGAAAGACGCACUUGUUCGAAUGCGACUGCCUCGCGUGUGGAAAAUGUCUCUCUGCUGCGAGCUGUUUGAAACGCGCUGUGUCCGACUUUUUCGGAAAUGAAGGCGAAUUUUGGAAUUCCAGAUGUAUGUAUGGAUAAAGAUGAGGAGAGCUGAUAGAGCGUCGCAACCAUUUGCGGUUAGUACUUAAUUACUUCAAAGUAUGAACUGUCCCAUAUUAUCUACGUCCUAGGAAAACAAAUUGCUUUUGAGCAGGAUGAAGUGGUGAAUAUUCAUGAGGAAAGAACAAGUGUAGCAUUCCUUCCUAAAUUUAUUGCGAAAUAUCUUGCCACCACUCUGUACGGGAGCCAUCCCUACUAACUGACUCACGGGUCCUUCUUAUUCAUUUCGCGUCAGAUUUCGAAAUUAUUUGGGAAUAGCGAUAUAGGACGUCUCCCUUUUGAAGUCUGCUCUUAUGUUCGUUUUAUACGAUCAGUAAAAGAUAAAAAUGUUGAAUGUGUGGGUUUUAAUAUGGACAGUGGAAGACUUGAAAGCCUGUCCGUCAACCGUGGCUUAUGGUUGAUAAGGCUGCAAACGCUAAAUACGCCCACGCAUGACCCGUGACCAUGGCCGUUGAAAAAGCACAAUAGUAAAUAAGAUUAUCCAGCACAAGGCUUCCCAAAGCGAUAUCUCUGGAUUGAAAGUCAGAGAUAAUUGAACAAACAUUAAAUCCAAAAGAGUUGUGGUCGUCACAACUGACACAACUAACAAGCAGCUAUCUUCUUGACUCUCGACUACUGAAUACAGUAACCUCGGUGUUCUAAGAAACGUGGGGACAAUAACGAAUCCUGAAACUUUCCAAGGACACUAUUACUUGAAAUUUCCAGAAUGACUCGAUGACGUGGACUUUGGACCUACGUGCAUAUCUAGCCUGUUUGGCAGACGUUUAGUCGUUGUUAAAAUUAAUUUACUACCUGAUGAAGUAAACCUGAAUUUAUAUAUUCACACACCUAGUAAGUGUAUCGGCUAGAUCAUGUGCCAUUCAGAACUAUUUUUCACUGGCCUGAUUUCCGUGAAUCCUGCAAACGAAAACAUUUACCAAUCAACUGGGGCCCGGAUCUAUUGACUAAUGAAUACCUCCGUGUUUUGAGAUCGCACAGUAGCUGGUCAGCGUAUAGGUGUACAUGGUAAAAAUGAUGAGGGAUGAAGACAAAUUGAUCAACUAUUUUUGGAAACAGGAAUAGGUGAGAAUUGCACCACAUUUCUGUUUAUGUUCGUACACCGACCUCUUGUUAGGGAGAUGAUAAAGAUAUCUGUUAUAUCUCGUUCCCCAAAGAGAUACAUUGUUUGUCAGAGGACACACAUGUUGACUAUAGCACAAGGGGAGGAAGUUCGCAGCCAGUGGGAUCUACCUUUAACAGGGGCACCUUCGCUGUCGAUAGUGUUUCAUAGCGUCCUGUCGAAUCUUUGCUGAGGGUGCAUUCGGGUUCUUCCUGCGGAGACAGGUGUAGGAGGCAUUGAUGAAACGAAGGUAGGGCGAACAGGCGGAAUUUCUGCAUCUUGAUGGUUUCUUAGCUUGUUCUCGUUGUGACAUUUUCCUGUACUUAUCCUUCUCUGACUCCGACAUGGACCUCCAUCUAGCUGCAGCUUGUCGACUGAACUGCAAAAAAGAUCCCCUCAAUGACUUUUUUAUAGAUCUUAGGAAGAUGGCAUAGGGACCGGGCGCCCGCUUUUGCUUAAUCCUCGCCCUUGUUGGCGCUUUCUUAGCCAUGAGGCGUUUUCUCUGCGGCUGCUCGGUUCUAAGCCGACGACCGUGACCCCGUGCUGGCCUUGCAGAUAAUCGAAAUGUCUUUGGUUUGAAUACGGGCGCAUGACCUUGAGAGAUGGAUAGGAUGCAUGAUUCCAGAGGCUUCAACUGAAAUCUACAUGUUUGUCAAAUUUAUGCACUGGAUGGUUAGAGCAGACUACAUACAAAAUUCUCCCUACUAUGUCGGCACACAAAAUGCAUAUUAAGUUGAACACCGAAGGGAAUAGCGACUGCACUAUUCUGAGUAAAUUUGGAUAGGGAGAAAAGUACUGAAAGGAAAGUACGAAAAAUAUCCAGUUUUGACGCAUCUGGCAGUUGAUAAUAUUCCUUAUACAGCCUCUUCAAGGAUGCUGAGAUUUGUCCAUGAUGCUUUAUGUAGUCCUCAGAUGGAGGGAUAAAGAUUACGCUGCUGCAUGUUGCACAAAACCCACUUUACUCGUAGCCAUUUAUAUACAUUGCAUGUCGCAGGGUCACUUUCAUCAUCGGGCAAACGUCAAGGCAAAAUCAUAACCCGUCUAGUGACCAGGUUUUUAUGCCAGUUAGUUGUCAAUCAGUCGUCCUUGCGCGAGGCCAUUAACGUCGAGAAUCACACGCGGCUGAGGCUUUUGAGAGCGAGCACGAAACUCUGCUUUAGCUCUUUUGUCACAGCUUAGGUUUCCGAGGUUGGCCUGUGGUUCCCAAUUCUCCCCAUUUAAAUCAUCGCUUAGUUGCCUGACCAUCUGCAUGUUCUGCCUUGACAUCCGAGUUUUAUCAUUAUUUCCCAGAAUUUGUCGCAGUUGACGGUGCCAACGGCCUUUGCGAGGUCGUCAAGGAUGAUGCAGAAGUUGGCCCUUAAUUUUUUUCCACCUAUACGGCGUCGCACGGUGAAUACCUUAUCGGUUGUUUGGCGCGGUAGACGCGCUGGACCAACACGGGGGCCAUAUCGGAUUCUGGCAGGCCUUUCCGGAAUGCGCACCAUAAAAAUGCCAACAUUUCAGGGUGCGGUGGCAGAACGCGUUGCCGGCAGACGUCGCGCACACUGGGACCCCCGCCAUCCCAACCACUGUUUUUGCUGUUGGUCAAAAUCCUUGUCAGUUGCUAUGUAAACCAGAGGUUUGGAGUGGAGCGCCAAGGUGCGGGCUCGACCACGCCAUCCGUCUGCGCCCUCCCCCUGCCUCCGGUCUUCUUGAUUCCGUCUUGACACUGGGUCCAGGUGGGAGAGGAGGGGAGAGUGCGGUAGAUGCUGCGAAAGUCUACAUUCACAAUAAACGAAUUCACGCGCGAGUCACCGUGCCUGCUGCACCUUGCUGUGGAGCACAUGGAGGACAUCGUCUGCAACGACGGUCGAACCGUCAGAUGACAGAGAUUUUUACAGACCAGCACAGAACUCAUAAGCCAAGGCAGUUGCAGAUAGGCCGAAUAAAUUAUGUAAGAGAAUUCCGGCGCAAAAAAUGUAAGCGUGAUGAAUGAUUGGUGUUAAAUCAAACCGACACUGCUCUGGCCCGAUCCCAUGGUCCGUUAAAAAUGUACAAACCAAAUGUCCUACUGUAGCCAACCUUUGCCACAAUUAUCAGUCCGAUCAGCGUCUCAAUGCCUCGUAAAUCUCUGAGGUAGAAGAAUUAAAUUGGGUGAAAUCGUGGUUUCUUUCGACGUGACGUCACUAUUCACAUCAUUCCCACCGAAUGUGGCGCAUGGGUCAUUACGCAAAAGACUUGAAGAAGCAUAGAAACUUAGACUCAACACAAAAUAAAGCAUCUCAUGAGACCGCUUGAAUUUUUCCAGAAAACUUACUUUAUCCUUGCUGGAGUAGCCUGUGAGCAGCUCAAAGGAACGCCAAUGAGCUCCCCCGCCUCCGUUUUAUUGGUAGAAGUAGACCUACAGGAGAUAUAAAAGCCUGCCCUUAUCCAACAUGAGCCAGCCCUUUAGCACCGUUACGCCGGCGACAUGUUUGUUAUCGUCGGGAAGAACACACUGCAGAAUUUCCCAAAUCUAUUCAACAAAAUCUUCCCAAAUAAUAAAAGUGUUUCAGCAGUUGCUUUUUCUUGGUGUGCUCGUCAGGCGAAGUCCUAACGAUUAAAUUUAGGCCACUGACUACAGGAAGGCUUCGAACGCCACACAACUUCUCAGCUUUUAGUUCAGUCAUCCGGUGACUCACAAGCGAGGGUGGUUUGAAACAAUACUAGUACUACUUACAUUGAUUAGGUAGUCUGCGUUGUGCAUUAGCACAUUUUCAGUACAGGGGAUCGGCCUGAUUUAUGGGCUGAUGUAGGCGGUCGGAUCUCCGACCAAAAGCUUGUCCGAUGCUUGCAAAAAACGCGAUCUAACAAACGUGUCCGUUAACCUUUGCGCCUAGAUGUGCUGUCGACUAGAACGUCGCAAAUGACUACAUAUCGCCCAUCGGCUUCUCAAAAUAAGUAAAAAAUUUUGCUCACGUUCGUUUACCUCCAAUGCUGAAGCCCGGUGCGCAGAAGGAUACCCUGGCGUCUAGACUGCUUGUUGGAUGAAACGCUAUGUAACUCUGGCACCUACAUUAAAUCGUUACGGUUUCGCACUUUUUUAGUUGUGCUUCGUGGAGCUGGCACACCAUCUGAGUGAAUCGUUCGGGACAGCCGAAGUCCUGCAUGAUUUUGCACAGUACUUUGCGAUUCACCGUAUCGAAGGCUUUCGUCAAAUACACGAAGGUAGAGUACAGGUGGAUCCGCAUCUCCUGACAAUUCUCCUGCUUUUGACGGGCGACGAAGAUCAUGUCGGUGGUACCACAAUAACGGCGGAAACCGCACUGGCUCUCCGGCAGGAGACCUUGAUCCACAUGGUUGCUCAGACGGCUGAGAAGGAUGCUAACGAGGAUUUUCCCGGCGGUGUUCGGCGGGGAAAUGUCUCGGUGGUUGUCGCAGAUUCGGCGGUUCCCUUUGCGUUUGUAGAGGUGGACGACUGUGGUGUACUUGGAGUUCUAGAGGACUUUUCCUUGACGCCACAGCUCCCAGAAGAGCGCCGUCAGGUGAUCCAUGAGUUGGAGGCCACCGUACUUGUAGAUCUCAGCAGGAAUCGCGUCCGAUUCGCGCGUUCUCGCGCUAGAGAGCUGCCGCACGGCCCUGAUGAUUUCUUGGAGAGAGGACGGAUGAUCGAGAUCGGCGUUGGUCUCCACUGGAGAAAAACGGGCCGUGGCGGCGUCGGAGAUGGUGGAAGGGCGGUUGAGGACGCCUCUGAAGUGUUCGGCCUAUCGCUGUAG